AUGAUGAGUGCCAAGAACCUCUCUCGGAUUGCCAAGAAAUGGCAGAGGGUGGCGGCUAUCGGGAGGAAGAGGCUCACCUGGUCGUUAUCAACGUCCACAGAAGAAACCGGAGGGUCAUGCGGCAUGUCAUGCUCGUCGGUGGCCAGUAAGGGCCACUGCAUCAUGUACACUGCCGACGGCGUGAGGUUCGAAGUGCCGCUUGCGUUCCUUGGCACAACCGUCUUCAGUGAGCUCUUAAGGAUAUCCCAAGAGGAGUUCGGCUUCGCAGGCGUUGAUGGUGACAGAAUCACGCUUCCCUGCGAUGCAUCGGUGAUGGAGUACGCCAUGUGGUUGCUCAGGAGAAGCGCCUCCGCAGAGACGGAGGCCGCGUUCCUCAAUACCAUGGCGAUGCCAUGCCAUUAUCAUGUGGUGCCACAUCUGGAAGUUAGCCAGCAUUUCGGUGUCUGCAGCUCCUGAUUACUAUCUGCAGAGAUAUAGGAAUCUCACACCAAGGAAAAUGGACAGUAGUUGGAGACAAUGUUAUUUCAAUGUAUACAUAUACUUUGUUGCAAAGAUAAAUGGAUGAUCGCAGUUUUUAGAA